UUAUUUUUAUUAGGACAACCCCAGCAGAAACGUCUUGUUCCGUUUUGUUUAGUAAAUUUUCAGAGGAGUUAAAUUGUUUUAAAAUGGAUACUGCUACGGACGAUACUCAAAAAGAAGGAACAGAAAAUGCCUUAUCAAACAAUACCACUAGUGUGCCAUCCAAUAACGCUGAAAAAGCUCCAACACAAAUACCGCUGGAAGUAAAAAAAGGGAAAAGAGAGGACCGUGUAAAAAAAGAUGAUAAAAAUGUAGAACAGUUUAUGAAAUCACUGAACUCUGUUCCAACACUUGAGGAGAAGUUAUCACUUGUCUGCAAAAAAUAUGUACAAACUGCAGAUGACAAUAAGAAAAUGCAGUUUUACAUCAAACAGUCAGACAAGCGGUAUGCAUUGCUGUUGAAGGAGAAGGAACAGCUGCAACUGGAGUUCAACAAGACUAUUCUUGUCAAGUCAAAACUAGAAAAUCUCUGCAGGGAGCUACAGAAACAGAAUAAAGCUAUUAAGGAAGAAUCUCUGCUUAAAAUCCGUGAGGAGGAAGAACGCCGCAAGGAGACACAGGCGAAGUUCCAGAAUACUCUGUCAGAGAUCACGGCGAUGCUGCAACAGAAUAAUGAGAAGAACGCCAAGCUCCGCGAUGAUAACAUUAGUAUGAGUGAGAAGUUCAAGUCAGUAGUACAGCAGUACCAGCUGAGGGAACAGCAGGUGGAAAAAAUGGCAAAACAAAUGGCUUUAGAGUCUCAACUAUCAGACGCCAAGCUGCAGAAGGCUAGUCUGGAGCACCAGGCCGACAAGGAGAGACUGCUGGCAGAGAUGGAACAGAUCAAGGUCACCGUCGCGCAGUACAGAGCCAAGAUCAAGGAGUUGCAGGGCACUGAGACAAGUCUCCGCAGUCAACUUGCUGUGUACACGGAUAAAUACGACGAGUUCCAAAAUGCUUUGGUCAAGAGCAAUCAGAUGUUUGGUGGCUUCAAAGAACAGAUGGAAAAGAUGUCAAAGAAAAUCAAGAAGCUGGAGAAGGAGUCGUUGUCGUGGAAGAGUCGCUGGGAGAGCUCGCAGACGGCGCUGCUGGACAUGUGCGGAGAGAGACAGGCCAGCGAGGAGCGCGCCGCCGCCGCCGCCCGCCAGCUCGCGCACAUGCAGGGGCUCUGCCGCACGCUGCAGGCGGAGCGCGGCGCCCUGCUGCUGACGCUGAAGGAGCACAACAUAGAGCGGCCCGCGCUGGCCGCCGCGCCGCCCGCGCCGCCCGCCGCCCCCGCGCGCGCCGCCCAGCCCGCCAGCAACGCCAAGGUCGACGCCAUGGCCGCUAACUGCGCCCAGUUACGCCAAAGUCUUGCCCACCUCCAGACCCAACUGAACACCCUCACUAACCAACAGAAGGAAGAAGCGGCAGCAAAACAAGAAAAACCAGAGAAAGUUGAGAAGAAGAAGUCAAAAUCUAAGAAGAACAAGGCUGAAAAAGCUAAAGCAGAGGCUGAAAAAGCAGACGUACCAAAAGAAACUGAAAGUGACGAAUCAAAUGCUAAGGAUCUAACAGAUGACGUACAAGAUGCUACAAAUGGCACUCCAACCGAAAAGGUCGAUGAAGCGACGCUAGAAAACCUAAUACAAGCCAUUAACAGCGCCAACAUCAACCUCUGUGACCUAGAAGUCGUCAAUGACGAAAUAUCAGACGAAACUUCAAAGGAAAACUCGGAAAAGUUAGAUACAGACGGCAAACCUGAAGACGUCAAAGAAUCUACUUCAAGUGAAAUCUCAUUAAACCCUUCGCCGGUCGAAGAGCAACUACUUAAAGACGUCACAAGUGCAGCUGACGUUGAUACACCGUCACCUGCUGCCGUCACGAAUGUAACAAAUGACGUUAAGACUGUGCCAAGUGUCGUCACGAAUACACCUAACGACGUCACAAAUGUACCAAGUGAUGUUGCAGAAGUUACAAAUAUCAAUGAUGUUACCAAGGCCAUAACUAAACUGUUGAACGAUGCGAAAGACGUUUCUAUCACGAAUGGGUGUGAAAAUCAGAAUGUGUCAAAACCCCAAUCGUCCAACGACGAAGUAUCGCAUUUAAAUGAAGUUAAACCGAUAGCGAGCGACGCAUAAACCGUCAAUUGUAACUAAAUAGUGUUUUUGGACUUUUCUAUGUUGUUUUAGACAAAUCAGUAAGUUUUUGAACGUAUUUUAUUAAUGUGGUAUCAUACACAUUUGGUUAUUCAAACUGUGUUACUUAAGAUGAAAUUGCCAGUAUUAAAAAGUAUUGGUACUGCAGUGAUGUCUACAAGUAUGAUGAUUAAAUAAAUACGUAACUUGUGCUGCUUAUCAUUUGUUGCUAACUUAGCUUUAUAAUUGGUUAUUGAAUAAUUACCUUGACUUCAGAGAAACUCCACAUUUAGCUAUACUAACGCUCUCCAAUACUUCAUAGACAAAGACCUAUCAACCUUUAUGGUUAAUGAUUUAUAAAUAGAUUUCUAUUUCUGUAUGACAUUACUGUACUACAGAUAAUUAAAUAAGUUUGAUUUCAAAGACUGCUUCGAUUAAAAACUUGUCCAUUGAUACUUCCUAAUCACAAUGUACCAAAAUAUGAAUUUAAUUAAUAAUAAGUAUUUUCUAAUUAUAAUAAUGACUCAUAUUAACGAGGACCUAACUUGUCUCAUCGAAUUAUAAAAUACUGGAAUAAUAUUAAAGUUACUAAUAUAAUAAUAAUUAAAUGUGUAUGGUAAAACAAUUAAAUUAUGAUGA